CUCCGCCUCUCUUUCGUGCACAUGACAAGCUGAAGUCUGGUGAUAUUGGGCUCCAGUGAAGUAGCUGACUGAGUUUUGACAUUUGUAAAGGGGUUUGCGAUGAGUUCAUUAAAAGGAAAGAUUAUUACUGUUGUCGGGAGUGGGCUGAUCGGCCGCUCCUGGGCCAUGCUGUUUAUGAGUGGAGGAUACAUGGUCAAGAUCUAUGACAACAUACCAGGACAAGCUUCAGGGGCCAUCACAGACAUCAGGAAACAGAUUGAGGAGCUUCAGCAAGCCAAAAUGCUGAGAGGUAAUCUCACGGCUGCAGAGCAGUUGAGUCUACUCAGCAGUCAUGAUGACCUGCUGCAGGCCCUGGAGGGAGCUUUCUUUGUCCAGGAGUGUGUGUUUGAGGACCUGGAAGCAAAGCAGAGUGUCUUCCAUGAGGUGGAGAAUCUUGUCACAGAAAGCGUGAUUCUCAGCAGCUCCACUUCCUGCCUGAUGCCAAGCAACGUGUUCUCUCGUGUCCAGAACCGAACUCGGUGCAUCAUUUCUCAUCCGGUAAACCCACCCUACUAUGUGCGGCUGGUGGAGCUGGUGCCACACCCCGAAACACUGCCUGCUGUAAUGGAUGUUGCUUACUCACUGAUGACGGAUGUCGGGCAGGCACCUGUGCGACUCAGGAAGGAGAUCGAUGGUUUCGCAUUGAACCGUGUUCAGUAUGCCAUCAUAGCCGAGUCCUGGAGGCUGGUUCAGGACGGAGUGAUCUCAGUGAAGGACAUUGAUCUGGUGAUGUCUGAGGGCUUGGGCAUGCGCUACGCUUUUAUAGGUCCCAUUGAAACCAUGCAUCUCAACGCACCAGAAGGUAUGGAAGAUUAUCUCCAGCGCUACAGCGAGGGCAUAAAGAGGGUUCUUAAUACUUUUGGACCUGUUUCAGACUUUUCCGGAGAGCCAGCAGAUAGAAUUAUAAAGGAGAUCUGUGAGCUGAUCCCUGCUGAACAGGAGCACCUUACAGCCAGGAGAGAGAGAAGAGAUCAGCUGCUGAUGGGACUAGCUAAACUGAAGAAAUGAGGCUAACCAUGAGAUACUACCUA